AUGAAAACUUACUCAGAAGCGAUAAAGAUCCUGAAGGGCGAGUAUGUAUUGAAGGCUUUAGAUGAGCACAAGAUGGACCAGGCACUGAUCUUCUGUCGUACAAAGCUAGACUGUGAUAACUUGGAGAAAUAUUUACAGCAAAGGGGAGGUAGAAAUUAUUCCUGCGUCUGCUUGCACGGUGAUCGAAAGCCACACGAAAGAAAAGCCAAUUUACAGAAAUUCAAGGAUAAGGGUGUGAAAUUUCUCAUCUGUACGGAUGUAGCAGCCAGAGGAAUAGAUGUAGGCGGUCUUCCCUGUGUGAUCAAUGUAACUCUGCCUGACGAGAAGCAAAACUAUAUCCACAGAAUCGGACGUGUGGGAAGAGCUGAAAGGAUGGGACUUGCUAUUUCAUUCGUUUCCACUGUUAAAGAAAAGGUUUGGUACCAUUCAAACUGUAAUAACCGUGGACGGGGCUGUUAUAACACUAACCUCACAGACUACGGUGGCUGCUGCAUCUGGUAUGAUGAGCCCAAGUUAUUACUGGAUAUCCAAGAGCACCUGGACAUCACCAUAGAUACAGUGGAACCUGACCUCAAAGUUCCCGUUAAUGAGUUUGAUGGAAAAGUUACAUAUGGCAACAAAAGGAAAAUUACAGGCAGUAGCUAUCAAGGACAUGUGGCAUCACUUGCCCCAGCCGUCAAGGAGCUUGCUGAUCUCGAGAAAAGGGCACAGACAUCAUUUAUUGACCUUAAGAACAAAAAACGAUUCAUGACACGAUGAUGAUGAGAUCUGACUGAGAGACUGAAGAGUUUCUAAACUGAUUAUUUAAAUGUGGAAAUUAGAAAAUGAUCUGGUGGAGAGGUCAGGAAAUUAGAAAGUGACUACUUAUUUAUUGUCAUGGGCUGAAACAGGUUUAUAUUGCGAUAAUCAUUCAAAUUUGUGAAACAACUGCAGAGCUUGGUGUUUGUAUUGCUUUCAAAAGAUACAUAUAUAUUUUUGUUUGUAAUGCAUAUGAAAAUAAAUAGAACAGAAAGAUUUUCAAAUAAGAUAAUUCAAAAUAUAUAUAGGGUUUAUGGCCUUAGAUAUAUAUUGUUUUCUGUAGUUUUUAAUGGAAAGAUUGUAGGGAGACUGUGCAUUAAUAAAAGUGUGAAUUUAUAAUGGGCUUGAAAAGUUGUUGAGAAAUCUGCAAAUAUUUUUUAUUGAUAAUGAAAAAUGUAAAAAUACAUUAUCCAUGUUUUUCAAUCUUAUUAGAGACAUUUACUGGAAUGUUUGGUACAGGUGUUUCUAUAAUGUUUUAUGGCCGACCAUCCUUAAUAAAUAACAUUACCAGGUUCUCACUCCAUGACUCCUAACUUUAUCCAUUAUGUACGUGUCUAUGAUUUUCUAUAUAAUCCACCAUAGACUGCAUCAGCACCUGAAAUAGAUUAUAUUACAUUGUGUGUAGCCUGAAAACAUCAAUAGAACAGCAUAGUUUUCAGUCGUAAACCAGCCUUAGUGAUUGAAUAAUUUCUUUGUCAAUUAACAAUAUCUAUUGUCCAGGGCUUUUUCUGGUGUCUGUUUGGCAGAAUCUAGGUCCCAUUCCCAGUUGGAUUUAUUUCAUAAUAUAGCCAAAUUUCCAUAAUAUAUGUGUUUCUCCUUAAAGUUUUCUUCUCACUUUUAUCCCCAAAAAAAGCUCUUUCCUUUUUCCAAAUGAGUGAAACAAAUUCCUGUUGUCAGUGCGAUCAGAGCUCGUAGUCUUCCAUCCACACAAAUGUAGGCUCACAUGUCGUGUCAUUAUCAUGUAAACGGGUACAUGUAGAUGAUUUGAUUUGAUAAGAAUUGUAUUUGUCUCACUGCUUUACUGCUUUUGUUGAAAUUAUAUUGGUAAGAUGCAUGGCAGUGGAAAAAACAUUUACAUGAUUGGGGGUUGUGUUUGAAGCAAAAGACACUUACCAUUCUGGUACACCUGGUCUUGUUUCAUAAGUCUCCAUUUGUUUGCAUUUGUUUUAUUGAAUUUGAGUUUUGAAUUUGAUUAUGUUGACAUAUCGGCAUUAUUUGUUUUUUCUCUGCACAUUAUUUUUACGUGGAAAUAAUUUUCGUAUCUACAGGUAUAGGGAUAAAUUUCAUCAACAAAGUAUGUUUAAAACAGACAUUAAUUCCAUCUGAAAUUGUCUUUUAUUUUCUGUUUUGGCCAGAAUUGCAGAUUUCAAAGUUUAGCUAAAAUGUGAUUAAGGAAAUACUGGGUUGUACAGUGGACUUUUUUUGUCUUUUUAAAAGAGAAAUUAUUGGACAACCUUGGGGCCUAUACAGGUAAAUUUGUUUGAUAACUACAUUGUCCUUCAAAGUCAUGCUAUAGUAAUAUGUUAAUGCAGUUGAUCCAUGAAUUCUAGAACUAAUGCUCACACAUGGUAUAUAUAUUAAUGCUCCAUAGUAUUGGUUUGCCUAAUACUUGGAGUAUUUAAGUGCUACAUGUGUAACUACAAUGUUUCAUUGUGAGCUCAACAAAUAAUAAAGAAUUUCAUUGAC